UUGGUCCCGUUUGUUUUGUUUCAAACUACGAAUCAAGCUUAGAAUGUUCUGUUCGUUCUGGGCUUCUGGCUUCUUCUCUCCCUCAAUUAAAAUCUCAUCCUAUUCGUGAGAUUAGAUAAGGAAUAUGAAGAAGAGUAGAGAAGUUCGAGAUGAUAUUUUUGAAUCAAGUGGGCAUGGAGAUUUUGGUGGCUUUGGAUUCCAUACAAGUAUGAUGCCAACUCUUUUUGGAGGCAGGGAUCCAUUUGAUGAUCCUUUUUUCACUGACCCAUUUGGUAGCAUGUUUGGUUCAAGUUCUGCAUCUAGAGCAAUGCAGAAGACAAAUAGAGAAAAAGGAAUAGUUAUAGAAGAAUUAUGCUCUGAUGAUGAGGGGAUCCAUAAUUUCCCUGAAACUGAAGACGAGGAGGAUUUUGAUCACAAAAAUUCUAGAUCAACCAUGGAACCAUCUGUUGAGCAUCCAGAUGAUGAUGAUGUUAAUGAGGAGAGGAAGAACAGUGAUGUAAAUUAUAAGAAUGACCAUUACACCUUUGAACCCACAAAGACUCGAAAUUUUUCUUUUCAGACUAGCAGAGUAACAUAUGGUGGUAUAGAUGGUGCAUAUUAUAGUUCUACUAGAAACAGAAGGAUAGGGGCUGAUGGGGCUGUAAUAGAGGAAAACAAAGAAGCCGACUCGAUAACAGGCCAGGCAGCACAUAGGAUCACCAGAGGAAUCCAUGACAAGGGUCAUUCAGUUUUGAGGAAGCUUGACUCAGAUGGUAAGGUUGAUACCACGCAGACACUGCACAAUCUUAAUGAAGAUGAGCUUGCAGGCUUUGAGGAAGCAUGGAAAGGAAAUAAUAUGGGGAAGUUGCCUGGAUAUGAUGUGCAUAAGAACAAGGGUUCUGGCUGUGGUAAUCAGAACAGAAACCAGGUUUGGCCAAUUGCAUCUUUGGAGCAAGCUAGAAGAGCUAGAGGAUUUGCAUCAAAUUAUGAAACAGGAACCAAUUCCGAGGGGAGAACAAAGAAAGUGGUUAGAAUCAAUAUUGAGUGAAGCAUGAGACAUGGUAGUUGGAUUUGGUUGUUGAUCGUCUUCAAUUAUUUGUCAAUGCAGAAUGUGGUUUUUGCUCGGGUGUUUUAGUUAGCAAUAUAAAAGCUUGGGCUUGUACAAUAAGAGCGUAUUAUUUGUUUGAUGGUAUAAUAAAAGUUGACAUUUGG